AUGACGUCACACCUUCCCUUCGGAAGGCUCCCUUCCGAAGCUGGGAAGGACCCCUCGCGACACGCGGUGACGUCACACCUUCCCUUCGGAAGGCAUGAUGACAUCACACCUUCCCUUCGGAAGGCUCUCUUCCGAAGCUUGGAAGCGGUGACGUCACACCUUCCCUUCGGAAGGCAUGAUGACGUCACACCUUCCCUUCGGAAGGCUCCCUUCCGAAGCUUGGAAGGAGCCUUCGUGAUGACGUCACACCUUCCCUUCGGAAGGCUCUCUUCCGAAGCUUGGAAGGAUGACGUCACACCUUCCCUUCGGAAGGCAUGA